CGCUGAUAAAGAAAUGUUUUUGUAAUGUAUUUAAUUGUUUUCUUUACAAGUUUGUGGAGGUGAUACGAUGACAACUUAAACAUCCUUGACACAGCUGAAGGCGCAAAAAAAGCAAACGAGACAGAUUGUCAGUUCAAAACACCUGAAAACUUUUUUUCACUAUACUACAGCUGUCGAAGAACCACAGCAACGUCGACAGACCUGGAAGCAUAGCUGUAUUUGUUUAACUCACAACGACAACGGCUGUCGAAAAACAACAGCAACGUCGACCGACCUGGAAGCAAAGCUGUAUUUGUUUAACUCGCAAAGACAACGGGUAAAGUAUUUUCUUGAUUACCUAAAUGACUUGCAGUAAGAAAAUAUUUCAAUUUAUACUAAUGAUAAUUCUGUCAUAAUUUACUCAUCCUCGUGUUGUUUUAAACCUGUAGGCAUUCGUUUUUUUUUCUGAUUAACACAAAAGAAGAUAUUUUGAGGAAUGAUGGUAAACCCACAGCAGAUAGUGACCAUUGACUUCCAUAGUAGGAAUAAAAAAAUAUGAUGAAAUUUAAUAGGUACCAUCAACCGUGUGCUAACCAUAAUUUUUCUAAAUAUUUUCUUCAUCAUUUAUCACGAUAUUUCCAAAAUAUUUUUUCCUACUAUGGAAGUCAAUGUUAAUGUACUUCAUUAUUUGCUUUACAAGCCUGAAAUCCAGGUGACAGGAUUCUAUGGUAGUCACAAACAGGUAAACGAGUAAAAUAAUCACCAUUUACUUUUAAAAGCAUUUUGAAAAUUGCUUGCUUAUGCUGGGAGUAAAGGUAUUUAAUGCAGUGUGCAUCCUGUUUUAAAGGUAAUGUAUGAUUCUUUUAAAUCUGACACAUUUGCCACAUUAAAAUAACAGAAAUGUACUGUUUCAACUUUUUGGAGCCGGUGUGUCUGUGUUCUUGGGGCACAUCUACAUGUAAGAGCAGAAUUGCUUAUUAUUCUUCUCUAUUUCUUGUAUAGGUGAAUUAUGACUGAAGAACAGUUCACCAAAUGAAGACCAUAGCCAGGUGAUGGGAUUCUGUGGUAAUCACAAACAGAUUUAAAAGUGUCUACUGUUGAAAGACAUCUGAUCUCUUCUGAAAGCUGAUUCCAGCUCCAGGUAUAGAGUGAAAUGCACACGGCGAGGAAUUGACCCAGACCUUCAGUGCUAGACCUCUGACCCGCUAAUCUCCAUCCCGACAGCCAGGGCCUUCUCCGGCUCCCAUUGCGCUAUCGCUUCUCGGCUUUUUGGAUAAGAUCAAGUGGACACCGGGGACUACACGUUUAAAUGGAUUUUUGACCUUCGGAAAUGGAAGCGAGGCUUUCUCCGUCCACUCCAUGCAUCGCCUCGGGCGCUUUACGGGCACAAACAAGCCCCCCCAGGUCCUUCAUUUUAGCGGUGGAACAUGCUGUCUUUUAUUUUCUCUGGGGGUCCAGGUGGGAGAGAAUAAAGAGAGAAACUGUCAAAAAACGAAAGGAAAAUGGAGGCAAAGGACACCCAGACCUUGGUCUUUUUUUAGGGAGUAAUUUUACUGCUUUACAUUUGAAGUAUGCCACAUCCCCAUCCAGUGACAAGACCGCAGCAUUAGUCAAGUUCUGGAUGGGGUCAUAUUUACGCUAUCUGAAAAUUUUAACAGUAGAUCUUAGAACCCCAGUGUCUUUUAACUUGCCAAAAGAAUAUGUUUUCAUUAAGAAAUUUCCAAUGAAACAUGACUUGGAACGUGAAAAUUUGAAUGUUUUAAAGGACCAUAAAAUUAUUAUCUCUGUUGUGCAGGAUCGGGAGAAGGUGAGCCCAGUACCAGGCCUAACGGAGAUUGAGGCAAAAACAGUGUGGAGGAACGCAGCCCACCCUGCCCUUCAGAACCAUCAAAAGGACCUGAUGUGGAUGGCGGCCCAUGAGAUCCUACCGACCAGGGCGGUCAUGCACUCCCGCGGCAUGGCCGCCAACGCAAAGUGCCCACGGCUCGGGUGCAACCACGAAGAGACCGUGCGGCACGUCCUCUGGGACCGUGACCGGCCCCCUGGUUUUCCCGUGCCUGCCAGUGGGUGGGAUCCAGAUGGACUAUAAUCUCGCCGUCCUAGGGGUGGGCCGGAGGACAAAGGAUUUAACAUCGGAACAGUUCACAACGCUCUGGCUCACCCUGAACGCUAUA